AAUGUUACGUAAUUCAUUCAAAUCUCCCUCCAGACAUACUUGUAUGCAUAAUUCACCAAAAGACUUAUUCGUCAGCGACGAAAAAAGGGUAAAGAGGGGAGAAAAAGGCAGAUAUCUUUUAACUAGCUUUGGUAAACUUAUCGAACCUCCAGUUAUAAUGGAAAAUAAGAAUAAAGGAAAGCUUCGAUUCCUUUUUGAUACUUCACAACAAACCAAACUCCGAAUCAAUAUUAAAGCUGAUCAAUUAAACUUUCUCGAUUCACAACCGGAAGCAGAGAUUGUAAAAGUUACUUUUAGUGGUUUUAAAGCCAAAUCGGAAAUUUUGGUGUACGUUAGAAAUCCUUUAAGAAUCGUAUCAAAGCUUAGUGUUCGUCUAAUUAAAUGUGAUGAUGAUUUUCGCUCAUUAAGUCAACCUGAUACAUUUAAAAGUAUAGGCCCUAACAGAGUAGACCUGUUUGAAUUUCAUAUGUUACCAGACCAAAAGCAAUCUGAAAUUGGUAAAAAUAUAAAAAACUUAAAAAUGGAUAUGGACUCGUUUAUUAAAGGAAAUGAUUCGGCUAGUUUAAAUAGAAAGAUCUCGACUAUAAAUCAAGAGAAGGUAUCAUCAAAAAGCUGUCUAGUUCAAGUGUUAGGUGAACGAAAACAGGUUAUUUCAAAGCGAAAAAUCAGCUACAAAACAAAAGACUCUUGCGUUUGUCUAUUAUAUUGCAAAUGCACUUGCAUAUCUGAUCAUACUAAAUGUAAACCUAUUUCCAAAGAGGAAUGGCAGGCUGCCGGUUUUAGCGGCUUCAUACCAAAAUCUAGAUCUCUUUUUUCCGGGCACGCUAUCCUAAUUGAAAUUCUUUUACUAGUAUGUCUUUUCGGUUUGGUGAUGGGAUGCAUGAAAGUUCUUUUAGGAUCUUUUUUCAUCGAAUCAUUCAAUAAACAUGGCUUGGAAAACUUCUAUCCUUUAAAAAGAAAUAGCAAGAGAUCUAAGUCGAAUGACUUUUUAAUUAAUUGUUGCUUUUUCAUCAUAGCUCCCAUUUCGUUAUGUUCAUCAUUUGUCAAUAAUUUUAGAAGUAUCUGUGGAAUGCCAUUAAAAAAUUCCACGAGAAAGUACACUCUACUUUCCUUGGAAGACAAUAAUAUAAAUCUUGAAAAUGAAAAAUUCAACGAGCAAUCUAUUCAAACUGAAGAAAGUAAAGAACGCCUUAUUAUUGCAACUUCAAUUAGACCAAAUAGAGUUAAUGCUAUGAGCAUGAGCACGCUAUCUCUUCUUCCCGUUGUAUAUCUAAACCUAAUUGAACCAACAAAGUUACUUCUGGAAUCUGGAAAGCGUUUUUCCCUUGCAGGAGUUUUAUCAAAAUUCAAUGAAAAUUCUUAUACUUUUCAAUUAGGAAGUUAUACGAAACAGUUAUUCAAACUUGAAAAUAAUCAAAGAGUAUUGCUAAUACCUCCAAAAUCAAUUAAUGAAACUGAUUUUAAUCUGUUACUUAAAGAGCAUGAAGCAAAAGGAUUAUUAUCAAUAGUUCCACAAUUUCCCUGUCUGAAUAAGAAAGAUACAGAUUAUGAAUAUUAUUAA